AGCUUUCACUUGAUGAUGAAUUGCUUCCAGGGCACCAAUGCCUCUGCUCUGGAAAAAGACAUUGGUCCAGAGCAGUUUCCGAUCAAUGAACACUACUUUGGAUUGGUCAAUUUUGGGAACACGUGCUACUGCAACUCCGUGCUUCAGGCGUUGUACUUCUGCCGGCCAUUCCGUGAGAAUGUGUUGGCAUACAAGGCCCAGCAAAAAAAGAAAGAAAACUUGCUGACAUGCCUCGCAGACCUUUUCCAUAGCAUUGCCACGCAGAAGAAGAAGGUUGGCGUCAUCCCACCAAAGAAGUUCAUUUCAAGGCUGAGAAAAGAGAAUGAUCUCUUUGAUAACUACAUGCAGCAGGAUGCUCACGAGUUUUUAAAUUAUUUGCUAAACACUAUUGCGGACAUCCUGCAGGAAGAGAAGAAACAGGAAAAGCAAAAUGGAAAAUUAAAAAAUGGCAACAUGAAUGAACCUGCAGAGAAUAAUAAACCAGAACUCACCUGGGUCCAUGAGAUUUUUCAGGGAACGCUCACCAAUGAAACCCGAUGCUUGAACUGUGAAACUGUUAGUAGCAAAGAUGAAGAUUUUCUUGACCUUUCUGUUGAUGUGGAGCAGAACACUUCCAUUACACACUGUCUGAGAGACUUCAGCAACACAGAAACACUGUGUAGUGAACAAAAAUAUUAUUGUGAAACAUGCUGCAGCAAGCAGGAGGCCCAGAAGAGGAUGAGGGUAAAAAAACUCCCCAUGAUUUUGGCCCUGCACCUAAAGCGGUUCAAGUACAUGGAGCAGCUCCACAGGUACACCAAGCUGUCUUACCGAGUGGUCUUCCCUCUGGAGCUCCGGCUCUUCAACACCUCCAGUGAUGCCGUGAACCUGGACCGCAUGUAUGACCUGGUUGCUGUGGUCGUUCACUGUGGCAGUGGCCCUAAUCGUGGGCAUUAUAUUACUAUUGUGAAAAGUCAUGGUUUCUGGCUUUUGUUUGACGACGACAUUGUAGAGAAAAUAGAUGCUCAAGCUAUUGAAGAAUUCUAUGGCCUGACAUCAGAUAUAUCAAAAAAUUCAGAAUCUGGAUAUAUUUUAUUCUAUCAGUCAAGAGAGUAACUUAAAGAACCGUGGGACUAAUUCAAGUAGGGGGCAUUGUUCAAAGCACUGUUACCCAAUUUCUCCGCAGACCUCCUUCUUUCCCAGCAGCCCACUAAUGUUAUCACUCCGAGUCUCAAUGGUCUGGCUGUGUUAAACUUCCUCCUCUUGUUUUACAUGCAACACUACUCUUGGUUUUAUUUUGGUCUGAGGUAGAGUGAACUGCAAUCAGGUUGUCAUAAGAUUUAUAUGAAUAACAGUUGCUAAUUUGAGGAUUUGGGUGAAUGCUAUGCCACUUGUUAUGUCUGGCUAAAUUAGAAUGAGAUUUCCAGGGAAUGUCACAGUCUACUUUGAAUGUUUACGAAACUUCAGGGGUCUCCUCUCAAUCCAUUCCAUUAACUUGUCCCUGGAAGCAUUGCUACACAUUUUUAGCUUAUCUGACAGAAGGACAGAAGAAUUGAGUAGAUGUUCACCUGUUAGGGCUGCAACUAUAGCUUUAAGUUUGUGCAAGGGAAAAUGUUUAAAAGUGAGUAAACCUGAUGUUAAAAAUCAUCCUCCACAUAGAGGAGGGUGAAGAGAAGCUGUGCUUGGUGGCUGGAGUCUGCACGGGGCUGUGCUGACCUAGCCGUAGAAUUCCAGGGGCUAAGAAGUUACGGAGCUCAGGGCAGGCAAAGCCAAGAGGAAGAAGUUUCUGUGGACAGUAAAAAAUCACUCUUCUUGUCUUCUUACCAAAACCAAGUUUCAGGAAAAAAAAUCUCGAUGCUGUUAAUUUUUGGUGACACUUUUCUUCUGUAAGGUCCUGUGAGUUGUAUUUAACCCCUACCUGGGACUGCUAAGCUUCUCAAGCUGCCUUUCCAAUCCUGCUGAUGUCUUGCAGUCUGUGGUCCUGGGGCUGAGACACCACACUGACUGCCUCUGGCACAUCUCUCCUUAGCCAGUCAGCACCGCUGUCCUUCCACGUCAUGAGCAGUUGGAAGCACUGCACCUUUACAACCACCAGCCGCCCAUCAGCUUGAUUUUUUUUUUUUUUUAACAUAUUCAGUCUGUUUACUGAGGCACUGGCAAGUUCCAGGGCUAAAAUGGAGCCCUUGCUGGAGUCAGUGCUGGAGCUAAUGGGGUUAUGAGGUGGAUCGAGGGAAGUGUUAACAACCAAGGAAUGAGAUGGCAGCUGUUUCUCUGGCUCCAACUCCUAGAAUGCUUGACAAGACAAGAGUUUUUUGGAAGAACCUCAUCUCACUAUAGUUACUUUUACUUUUUCCACUUUUGUUACAUAUGUAUUUAUUAGAGCAUUUGAGUAUUGGUACCUUUUAUUAAAAGGGUCAUUUUGGUGUUUUGCUGUUGAGCUGGUUUUUGGUUUCCUAAAAUACUAUGAAUCAUAGAUCUUGACUUCCUUUGAGAAGUCGGUUGACUUCCAUACACUAUAAUAUACUGUGAACAUAACUUUGUUACCUAAUACAUCUGCGAACAAACAUGCAAACUCUUGGCAUAAUGUGAACUAAAAUUGAAAAUGUUAGUGGCCAUUUUGCAACCAUGAAGAGGAUAGCACUUUAUCUAGAUAAAAACUGGAUUUCUUAUUUUUUAAAUAUCUUGAACUGUUUGUUGCUCAGAACUUAAGCAUGCCAACACUUCAUUUGUUCAUGCUUGAAGUGAAAUGUUUUACUCUUCACUGGAGAAGACAAAACAGGGUGAUCUUCAUGUUAUUGUUUCAUACAAGUGACGAAAAUGUAUCUUGCCUUGAUUAGAGGCAAAUUCAUAUUUAUAAUAGUUUCUUUUUUUUUCUCUCCAUGAAACAUUCUGUGGUCAGAUACCUAGGAGGUGAUUUUAUUCUUUAAAGGAAAGUCACUUUCCCAUUGAAGGUGAAUGAUAUAAGGAAAUGUUUGUACUAUAUAUAACCCAUAUAUUUGACUGCAAGUUACAAAGUUUAAGAACAUGAUGAUGGAAUUCUAAUAUAUUUGGAACUGAUUCAUAAGAAAAAACUAUUAAAAUUAUCUUUGAAUCCACUCUUGAAGCUAAUUUAUUAGAUAAAAAUGUUUCAAUUGCAGGCCUGUGGAAGUAAUAAUUCAAUGCUAAGUCAUAAGUUCAGUGCAUUUUCUUUCCUUUUUUGAAUAUGUAAAGACUUCCCCAGUGAUUUUAACUAAAGUAUUUGCUUUUAAUAGUUAAAAUGUAGUAUUCAUAGAUAGAUUUUGGAAUAAAUAAAUGGAUAGUUUCUGGAAUAAAAAAUGGAAAACAUUGUACAGACAUUCAAAUAGUUAUGUGAUGCAAGAAAAGAGGAUUAGAAAAGACUAAAACAUUUCUCUAUCAAUACUCCAUCAGCUUUAAAAAAUUUAGAGGUAUCUGGUAAUUUCUUACCUCUUCUUCUUGGAUAAAAAAAAAAAAUCUAGGCAGCUACAUUUUUCCCCUAGUCAUUUUUCUUUAUGUAAAGACAAUAGCAUGCACACACUUUGUUACUUCCUGUCCCCAUUCCUAGAAUACAGCAGAGAAUAUUAUGGGGUAUGUGAGGCCAUUCCACAUUCACAGUGAUAGCACAAAGGCUCAGCAAUACUCCCUCCAAUGGCCAGGGUUUUGUGUCUUUUUCCAGCAGGAGUGAGUAGGCCUGCUGUAUUUCUCUAACUGCUGGGCAUUUAAGAUAAGUGAUAGUGUUUUACACUUGAAAAAAAUAAAUAUUUGCUUUAUUGGUUACUUAGUACUUUCAUGUCUAGAUUAUGGUACAGUAUGCUGAAGUCUUUUGUUUAAAAGCAGAUUUUGAUAAAAAUGCUGACAUCCAGUCCUCUUGUUUGGAUGCAUUUUCCAUUCCAAGGCAACACCAAGCGGACUGGUGUGAAGAGAGCAAGGAACAGUAUCAGCUAUGGGUUUGAAUAGAAAGCCAGUCAUACUUGAUUUUAUGGCUUGGUAUAUUUUUAAGAUGAAAUGGGAAAAAAUGACAGAAAUGGUCCCUAUGCAUUUAUUUUCAUGAAUAUCCUUAAUUUUAUGGGCAUGCCUAAUAAGGAACUAUGUUCUAACUGGCAGUUAGGGCUUAUUUUAAAUAUUGGAGUGUAGCUUUAUUACAGAUGGAUUUUAUCUUCGAACAUUGCAUUUUGAUCAACUUUGUAUAUUCAUGUGUAUUAAAAUACUGUGCACUAAAUGUUUUGCCCUCCUUUGCUAUUAUAUGGUCAAGGCAUUUAUCAGCACUGUUGUUAUUAACUCAUGUAAAUGGCAUGGGUUAGUGAAAAUUAUUUCCUAUUUUCUGCCUAAUUAAAUUUCUGUUUUCUAGUAUUUCAUUAAUUUAUUUUGGCUCCCAUUUCUGUAUAACAAAAAUAAUUACUGUAUUUGUGUGGCAUUCACUUGAUUUUGUUGCUAAAAAAGACUUGUAGUUUUUAUUUAAAAUAAUCUGUACCUUAGUU